AUGGCAGCAAAGCGUUCGAGUUUUAAGCGAAGCUCACCACCACCCCCUUCCCCUCGCCUCGUUUAUUAUAAACAGCGCAGAGAAAUGGUUGGGUGCAGAGGCAGAGCCACUGUCACAGAAGAGUUUAUCAAUGUCAAAGGGACUUCAUCAACUCGAUGCUUGGGGUUUGAAGCGAUGAUGAAUGUGGCGUUUGCGAUGAUGAAUGACGUUCAGAGUAAUCAUCAGGGGCAACAGCAGCAGCAACAACAGGACCCCAAUAGUCCAAACCAACAAGGCUCUGAGAGAAGUGAACCCGUGAGGUCAAGAUGGACUCCAAAACCAGAACAAAUCCUCAUACUUGAGUCUAUCUUCAAUAGUGGCAUGGUUAACCCCCCAAAAGAUGAAACUGUCAGAAUAAGAAAGCUGCUUGAGAAAUUUGGCACCGUUGGUGAUGCCAAUGUCUUCUACUGGUUCCAAAAUCGCCGCUCUCGCUCCCGCCGCCGCCAACGCCAGAUUCAGGCCACCCUUAACCAAGGUGGCGGUGCAAGUACUAAUAUUCCAUAUCAACACCACCAUCAAAACAACCCUGCUCUUGUUUCAAACACAGGUUUUGGUGGUGCUAAUUCCUCUUUCCCUCACUCUUCCUAUGUCUCUGGUUCCUCUUCCUCCUGUGGUGGUGGCGGUGAAGAAAGCUUGGGUGACUUCUUCUCACCGUCUACUCAAAUGGGUUUUCCUGGAAUUGAGCAUCAUACUUCAGCUGCAUCAUCAUCAGUUUUGUACCCUUCUGAAGCUUCCAAUUUGAACUAUCACUCUGGAUUCAUCACAGUGUUUAUCAAUGGGGUUGCAACAGAAGUUCCAAGAGGACCAAUGGACAUCAAAACAGCUUUUGGUGAAGAUGUAAUCUUAGUUCAUUCCUCUGGAGUUUCAGUUCCCACCAAUGAGUUUGGUUUCUUGAUGCAGGGUUUGCAGCAUGGUGAAAGCUACUUUCUGGUUAGAACUUACUUAACAUAUCUCUCUAUCUCAUUGACAACUCUUGUAGAAAACUUCAUUGAGUAA